UCUUGGCUCACUGACGCGAGCCAGGACGGACGAACUGCGAGUACACGAGAGAGGACAGAGGAGAGGAGACACAGGCGACACGCGCCAUUUGGGAGAGGGAAAGGAAUGGAGCUGACGUCUUCUUCCCGCUCCGUGCUCUCCUCCUGCAACCGGCCGGUCGCUCGAGCUCUUUGCAGGACGGCGUACCCGGGUGCAAGGAGGAAGGAGAAGGGAAUAGUAUGUAUCUUGAGCGAGGAGAAAGAAGUGGUACAAAGGACGAUCCGGAGGCGAGCUGCCUUUUCUUUGUUGCUGGCUUCGCCGGUGCUAUCAGUGGCGUUCUCGGCCUAUGGAAAGAGUAAAACCAUGAACCCUUACGAUGAAAGGCGUCUGCUUCAGCAGAAUAAGAAGAUUCAGGAAGCCAACCGUGCCCCUGAGGAUUUCCCAAACUUCAUCAGAGAAGGCUUCCAGGUCAAAGUAGUGACACCGGACAACUAUAUUACACGGGCCUCUGGACUAAUGUAUGAGGACAUUAAAGUCGGUACAGGCGACUCUCCAAAGGAUGGUCAGCAGAUUAUAUUCCAUUAUGUGGGCUACAAUGAAGCAGGACGAAGAAUAGAUAGCACCUAUAUUCAGGGUUCCCCUGCAAAAAUUCGGUUAGGGAACGGAACACUAGUUCCAGGUUUUGAAGAAGGCAUACGGGACAUGAAACCAGGUGGUAAGAGAAGAAUUAUAAUACCUCCAGAGCUUGGUCCUCCUGUUGGGCCUUCGACGUUCUUCAGUGCGAAGCAGUUCGAAGUGUUCGAUGUGGAGCUACUGGCGGUGCAGGACUGCCAGCGGAGGACGAUAGCAUUUUACUCUGAUGUCGUGUGCAGCUGAGCUUCGGUUUGUCUAGUCUUCCGCCUAUGGCACAUCGCAGCAGCAUCCUGCACUUUUGGCUGCUGGUCUGAGUUGCCGUCCAAUUGUGUAUAUAUAUAGCCAGCUGUUGUUACUGCGGCUACUGAUGAUGGGCAAUGGUAGUGUGUUAUUAGUUCUUCAUUUUUGUCUUGAAUCUCCUGAUGGCGGGAUAUGCGCAUUUGGUGUGUCUGUUUAGAAGUUGGCAUGUGUACCUUGAUGUUGAGGUUACUCCUGGUCCUACCUCUACCAAGGACUCCACACCAUCUGACUCUGCUUCUUGUUCAGUACUAAUUCUUGCGAGUUUGGUGGCGGUUUUUGUAAACUAUUUUCAAAUACCUAGUGAUAGUAUAAAAAUUUGUUGAAUUGA